AGGAAAUAUAUUAAUAUUGAGCUGCUACCUUAAAAGUACAUACGUUUAAUCGUUAAUUAACAGAGAAACAUUAAGCCUAUAAUUAGGUGGCAGAGGUCAAAUACAAAGUUGGUUAUAAAUAGUUUUGCUACCAGUUAAUGGUACAGACGUAGGAACUUUGUUUCUACAGAUCCGUUAUUUAACGUUAACAGCUACCUAAGCUAGCAUUUAGCUUCACUUGCAGCGGGAUAGCCUAAGCCAGGUCCUCAGAUGUCUUACUGGAUCUGCUGCAACUCCUGCUUCCUUUCACCCACUGCCGACCGAAAACUGGGCGUGACAACCUGUGGCCAUAUUAUCUGUAGCGUCUGUUUUCAGAAAGGCAUACAAGGCAAAUGUUUAAUAUGCAACGCCAAAUGCCAAGUGUCACCUCUCUCUGACAAAAGCAGCUCAGAGGUGAAGGCUUUGUUUUCUGACAUCAGUGUUGUGGCAACCAAACACCUCACGGAAAUCAGCAAAGUUAUAAUGUUCCAGGCAAGACAUCAAAAGAGACUGUUGACUCACUACCAGCAGAGGAAUGAGAAACUAGAGGAGGUAUUACUCAAAAUGAAGCAAGAAAUGCAGCAGAUGACAAAGAAGCUGAAUGAACAGAGCGCCUACAUUUCAAAGCUUGAAAAUUCUAUUCAGCAUCAGAGUGUCAAAGCUUCAUCUGUGUCUCAGAUGAGCCACAGUUCCCAUACUCCACAUGGACAUAAACCAGUCUUACAGAUCCCAUAUAACUCCCCUAUGUCCCUCUCCCGACACUCCUCAGUCACUAAUGUCACUGAAAACAUGGAGGUGGAUGAAAGGAGUCUGUUCAGGAAACCUAACACUGUCCCUAGACUGUCGUUAAUCAGUCCCCCAGAAGAUGGACGAAUGGGCACCAUCCCUCACAGGUCGUCCAAUCAGAACACACUGGCCAACCAUUCUGCUCGCUCUGCAACAGUCAGUCGCUUUGGGGGAGCACCACUGAUCCCAGACAUUUCAUACGGCCACAGUUCGGGAUGGAAGUCUCCCAUCUUCAAACCCCCCUCCUCCUUCAGACACUCCAUGUCCUCCCUGGUCUGCCCUCCUCCUUGACAAACACACACACACACCCAUUAAGUGUCAUGAAGCCUCUAGAGGAGAUGCACCUGGCCACUGACAUGUACACGUCUCUCGCAACCUAAAAUUAGUCAUUUUUGUUUUGGAUUGGACCCUGGAUUCACAGGUGAUAUUAAACUCAUUCAGCUUGAACCUGUGCCAUGAUAUUAACUGUAUACUGACUGUUUUUGAAUUCUUCCAGUCUCCUAAUCAAUUAAACUGGUAAAAUAAGCCUUUUGUUGUUGAAUGAACCAGGAUCUGUCUCAGUGAUGUCUUUCUUUUUCUGGUUCAGGUUUACCUCCCGUCA